AUGCCUGGGAUUAAACCUGUGACCUUCGGGGGGUUCGUGUGCAGUAAGGCUGCGGCAGGAAAAAAGACUCCCUGUUCGGCUCAGAUUACAUCUGCGGCAUUCAAGGUGAAAAAAUCAGGUGGGGGAGGGCCUGAGAUAACAACGGAACACCCUGUGCCGAAUCCAGAUGGACCACCAACAGAUGCGCCAAAACCACCUGGGCCAAAACCACCUGGGCCAAAACCAGAUGGGCCAAAAAAACCGGACGAUACACCCCCAUCUGCACCCCAUGGCAGCAGCCCAAAUGCGGCUUUCCGAUGGAAGGCAACUAACACUCUUCCCACAGCAUUCGUGGUGCCAGCCCUUGUGACGCUGCUCAUCAUCAUCGCUCUCAAACGGUUUCCAAUGUUUCCCUAUGCCUUCAUCACCAUGUACUAAAGAAAAA